UGUGAUCCGAUAAGCGAGGAUUUGUGAUCCGACAAGCCAACCCGAAUCCACCUUGCGCUAAAAGCCCUUGGCAACGCUCGCGCGAGAUGAAUCAAAGAGAGAGAGAGAGAGAGAGGGGUCCAUUCGCGAUCCCUAAUAACGCUCAGAUGGAUUGGCAGGGACAGAAGCGGGCUGAGAUGCUGAUGCAGGUGAUGUUGGUGGUGUUCGGGGUUGUGGCGUUCGUGGUUGGGUACUCCAUCGGUUCUUUUCGGACCAUGAUGCUUGUAUACGCCGGCGGAGUCACGUUGACGGCGUUGAUUACUGUCCCCAACUGGCCGUGCUACAACCGGCACCCGCUGAAUUGGCUGGACCCCAGUGAGGCAGAGAAGCACCCGAAGCCGCAGCCCGUUCCUUCGAAGAAGAAGAGCGGAAAACACCACCAUAAGUAGGUCUUUGUCGCAUCACUUCUAAGGCAACGAUUUUUAUCUGAGUUUCAUUAUACUAUAUGUAUUAGAUGUGCUUGACCAUUUCUUCCUAAUCAUUCCAACGCUCAAUAUCUGUGGUGAAGUUGCAGAACUAAUUUAUUUAGCUGCUAUGGUGAAUUGAAGUUAGAAAGAAUUGAGGCAAUUCUCUUC